AUGGCGUCCCGUGAGGACUACUUAGUUGGGUGGGUUUGCGCAUUGCCGGUAGAGGUUGCGGCAGCCAAAGCGACGCUUGAUCACAUUCAUGAUAACCUGCCUUCAUCACCUGAACACAACUUGGACGACAGCAACAACUAUAUUCUAGGCAGUCUUCAAGGUCACAAUGUCGUGAUCGCGUAUCCAACUUCUGGCGUCUAUGGCCAAGUGUCGGUGGCGAGCGUGGCCACCCAGCUGCUCGCCAGCUUCAAAUCUAUCCGGUUCACUCUGAUGGUUGGCAUUGCAGGAGGGGUUCCAGAAACCAAAGAGGAUAUUCGUCUUGGCGAUGUCGUUUACGACGUAAACGGGGAGCAAGUCGAUGAUCAAAAUCAGUUGGUUCGCGGCAGGGCAUCAGAUCAGCCGACACCAUUACUUCUUACAGCUAUGGGAAAGGCCGAGACAGCCGCCAUCUUUGAUGAAAGUCAUAUGUCUAAGUACAUCUCUGAGAUUGUGCAGAAAGAUCCCGUGGCCUUUGCCCAUCCUGGCCCAGGGCAAGACGUCCUCUUUGAACCAGACUAUCAUCACACAGCCAUUGAGUCUGAAGAAGAUGGAUGCGAACAUUGCAAUCCAGAUAGGAUCCGGCCUCGGCAGCCACGGGAGACACAAGACCCCAUAGUUCAUUAUGGGUUGAUUGUCUCUGGGAAUUCUCUGAUACGCCACGGAGCGACCCGGGACCAGCUCGCGCAGAAGCAAGGCGCUCUCUGUUUGGAGACGGAGGUGAACGGCCUGAAAAAUGCUGCCAAGUACUUGGUCAUUCGAGGAAUCUGCGACUAUGCAGAUUCGCAUAGCUCCAAGCUCUGGCAUGCCUACGCCGCCGCCGCAGCAGCAGCAUAUGCUAAAGAGAUCCUUUCUUUCAUACCAACGAUUGUCAAGGCGACAACUCUGGCAACAAACACAUAUGCUGAGGCCGCGCCGGUCCUUGAUGCUUUGCUACUAACCCGGCCCGAAGUUGACCGGAAAUCCCUUAUUGCUUUGAAAGGGCGCAGAGUUGAUGGCACCUGCGAGUGGCUCGUACAGCACCCCAGCUAUCAGGGGUGGCUGGCAGACGCCAACCAACCACUUCUCUGGAUCUCAGGCGGCCCUGGAAAAGGGAAGACCAUGCUGUCAAUCUAUAUUACCGAAGUGCUACAGCCAAUUGUUGACGUCGGUGAAAAUGUUCUCCUUUAUUAUUUCUGUAGCAACCGCGAUAAGAACCGCAACACCGCACUUACCAUCAUGAGAGGCAUCAUACAUCAAUGGAUCAGCCGCCAUUCACACUUGGCGCAACACGUCAGGAGUUCCUUCGAGGGCACUGAAACAACCAAAUAUACCGUCUCCAGCUUCGUCUCCUUGUGGAGGGUGUUUCUUACUCUGCUUCAGCAGAGCGGGUCUUCUCAGGUAGUCUGUGUGCUGGAUGGUUUGGACGAAUGCGAAAAGGAAUCACUCGGGCAGCUUCUCGAUGCCAUUGGAACCUAUCUAUCGAAGUCUGAGGAAAAGGAGAGACCACGACUGAAGCUCAUUCUUCUCUCUCGACCACAACCAGCCAUUUUGGAGAGAUCGCUUGGCCAAUAUGAACAGAUCAAAUUGGACGCUUCUGGUACAGAGAUUUCGCGUGAUAUAGAGACAUACAUCUUCGCCAAAGUUGCCGAACUGGCAUACGACCAAAACCUCUCGGAAGAACAGAUUGCCCAAGUUCAAAAGGCAUUGUUGGCUGGCGCUGAUGGUACCUUUUUGUGGGUUGGAUUCGUUGCCAAUGAGCUUCAGGGCAGGAGUUGGGACAAAAUGAAUGAGAUUCUCCAUCGUGUUCCUAAAGGCCUUGGUGGUGUCUACCAACGGCUUCUUCAGCAAAUUGAGGACAAGGAUGCGCUGGUCCCUAUUCUUCAAUGGGUUGUUCUGGCUGCCCGGCCUCUCACACUGGAUGAGUUGACGGCGGCCACCGGGAUUAAGGGAUCUGGGAACUUUUCGGCAACGGACGUGAUUAGGAAUCGGCUCAGACUCUGCGGACUAAUGGUGAAAAUCCAAGGAAAUGUAGUCAACCUGGUCCACGAGUCGGCAAAGGAGUUUUUUCAGAGCAAUCAAGUCAACAUCAAAGGGAUCAGCAGGUUCCGCAUGAGCCACGACACUCAUAGGAGUCUUAUGCGAACCUGCCUAGAACACGUUGAACGUGGUUAUGGAAGCCCCGGAAAUAUGAAAGAGAGAUCUGCCAAAUACCCUCUCUUGACUUAUGCCAGCCAGUAUUGGCCGGUUGAGUCUCCAAUCCGGGACGAUUGGUGGAAAUUCUACUGGGAGCAGGAGAAGAAUGGCAGAAAUCCGCCCAAGUUCACGCUCUUGCAUCUUGCUGCGUACCUUGGCAAUGUAUCUUGGGCCAAGUUGCUGAUCAAAGAGAGUUCUCGUGCCAUUUCGAGAAAGGACAAUUACGGCCGGACGCCACUUUCCUGGGCCGUCAACAGAGGUCACCGAGACAUGGUUGAAUUGCUGCUUGACCAUGGUGCUCGUAUCAAUGUCAAAGAUCGGAGCGAUUUGACAGCACUCCAUGUAGCGGUUACUGGACAGCACAAGGAGAUUGUGUCUGUGCUGAUCGACCGGGGUGCCCGUCUCGAGAGUAAAUCCGAGCAUGGCGACACACCCCUGAUUCGAGCCAUUCAAGCGAACUCGAGGGAAAUCAUCCAGAUUUUACUCGAGCGUGGAGCACGUGUGAACAAAUUGCCAACUCCUCCAGGAGUUGCAUCCCUGAGACCACCUACGGAUCCAAUGGAAGAGCGGGUAAAGGAGCUAUUGACGCUUCAAGAACCAAUUUUCCUUGCAAGAUACAACAAAGCAUCACGAAAUGUUGGCAUGGUCAUGAAAGCCCUAGGCCUUUCGUUCCGCUUUCCCAUCAUUCUUCGGUUGAUGACACUGUAUUUGAAGUUUAUAGCGUUUGACCGCUGGGAGCAUAUGUCUGUACUGCAGGAGCUCGUUGACGAGAACAGAACAGACGAACUGCGAGAAUGGGCUGAACAGUAUCGCGAGUUCUUCGUCCAGUUGGUUGUUGCCAGAAAUCCUAGAAGAUUAACGGCCAUGACCGACUUGCCAACGCAGAUAUUCCGGGCCGUCGCUCCUGGAGAUCUUCACGCAUUGCUGGCAAUCGCAGUUCUUGUCGGUUCGGAAACUAAACUCGCAGCCAAUCGACAAGGAUGGAGAGAAGGAGAUUUCAUCACAGCGAGGGCAUUCUCACAUUGGGCCGCCGUUGCCUAUGACAGAGACGCAGAAGAGUACUUGCACUAUGGUGUUCGCGAGUUCUUGAACGAUUUCGAUGCUUGUAUUCAAAGUGGAAACCGAGAAGAUAACGUGCAUCGUUCGGCGUUACUCUUGACCUGCCAGUUUGGCAUGCUCGAUAACAAAGAGCCGAAACCGAUCGAUUACUUCGCUAGGGUCAUUGCAGAAUUCUACGAGGGAUACAUUGGCAGCAGCCAUGAAGUUGACUUGUUCAGUGACUUGAACCAGGCAUGCGCCAAUGAGCUCAUGGUCAUCAGCCAAACCCAAGACUCUCACAGGCUAUCUCUCUUCCUGACGAGCAUUGUCCAAUUUGCUCAGCGUUCUCAAGACAAGGGAUUGGACCGCUUUCUCAACAUACCCUCAGCAUCAUGCUUGAUUCUCUGCCAAGAAAAUGCCGCGGCUCACAGGUGGCUGAUUGGCGAGGCAAUCCCAGAAGCAUUUAGUGCUUUGAUAGCACAACAACCCGCCGGAGCGCUUCAGAAGAGGGCGUGCAAAACUCUUGUGGAGUGCUUGAUCAUUGCAAAGCAGUAUGGGUUGGCAUUGCCUGCGGCGGAACUGAAGCAAAGAGUGAAGCAGCACUUGCACGAAUUGCCGGGAAUCGAAAAUAUGAUAAAGGGGAUUAUUGGUUUAUGA